CGCACGAUUUCAUUCAUUCUCUCGCUGCACACGUACAAACCAUGAAGACGAACACCAUUUUCCAAGGGCUAGUCCCUUUCUUCGCCGUUGUGCAUGGCGUUUCCUCCGCGAGGUUGGAGUCGGCACCCGUGGCCGCCGCGCUGUGCGGGGAGGAAGGCGUGAAGCAGCUUUCGGGAUACUACAAGAUUCAGGACGAGGGCGCGACAGACAAGGAGUACUUCUUCUGGAUGGCGGAGUCCCAGGAUAGCCCUAGCGAAGACCCGCUCAUCCUAUGGCUCACGGGCGGCCCAGGGUGCUCUUCGACGCUGGCCCUCCUGGCCGAGAACGGCCCGUGUACGGUGAACGAGGACGGCGAGACGACGAUGCCCAACCCCAGCUCGUGGAACAGCCGGGCCAACGUGAUCUGGGUAGACCAGCCGGCGGGCGUAGGGUUCAGCUACGGCAAGGCCCCCGGAGAUUUCGACCACGGGGAGGACGCGGUUGGGGAAGACAUGUUCUGGUUCCUGCAAGAGUUUUUCGCGACGCACCCCGAAUACGCGUCCAACCCGUUCUACGUGUUCGGCGAAUCGUACGGGGGUCACUACGCACCCUCGGUGGCACACCGGGUGUGGCAAGGAAUCAAGAACGGGGAGGGUUCCGCGAUCAAUCUUCAGGGGAUGGGCAUUGGAAACGGCCUCACGUCUCCUGCGAUACAGUACCCCUUCUACACUCAGAUGGCAGUCGACAACCCGUACGGGGUGAAGGCGGUGUCCGAGAAGGACGCGGCCAUGAUGCGGGCAUACACGCCGGCGUGCGUGGCGCUCAUCGACGGAUGCCAAGACGUGCCGGAGAUGUGCGACGAUGCUCAGUCUUUCUGCGACGAGCACAUGAUGGCGCCGUACAUGCUCUCCGGCCUUAACCCGUACGACGUCAGGAAGCAGUGCGGCGACCAAGGCCUGUGCUACGACUUCUCUGCCAUCGAGAAGUUCCUGAGGCUGGACAGCACCCGCGAGGCCCUUAACGUGCGUGAUGACAGUGCACCGUGGGAGUCUUGCAACAUGAAGGUCAACUCUGACUUCAGCGGGGACUGGAUGCGAGAGUUCGACGGGCUCAUCGGGCCGAUGCUGGAGGACGGAGUGUCCGUGCUUAUCUACGCCGGUGACUGCGACUGGAUUUGCAACUACAUGGGCAAUGAGGCGUGGACCCUCAGCCUGGACUGGACCGGGGGGGACGGCUUCCGAGCGGCCCCGCAGAUUGAAUGGAGCACGGACGCCGCCGCCGCAGGCCUGUCGAGAUCAUACGGGGGGCUCACGUUCCUUCAAGUGUACGAGGCGGGACACAUGGUGCCCAUGGACCAGCCGGAAGUUGCCCUGGCCAUGCUCAACGCCUUCGUGCACGAAGACGCCCGCCCUUUCGAGCAGCCGCAGCACGCGGGGGGCGAGAGCGCAACGGUGUCUUAAGCCAUGACCCGUUGACCGCGCCUCCUCUGUACAGGACAACUGCUGUUGUGAUGCUGCAAGACCCCCCCACCCCCCGUUCCAUCUUUUACGAAAGAGAGUAAGAGAGAGGAUGGGUGCCGUCACUGCGUUGCUCUAAUUUGUGUGUAAAUACUCGCUCGAGAGCGACCUUGGCGUGCCGUUUCACAAUGCCGUGUGAAACACCAUGCCCGUCUUCGGACCCGGGGCGAGCCCUCGCGCACCGCAGAGAAGUUUUGUAGAGGGCGUCGAUCUUCUAGCUCGAGGGCGAUCGAUCUUAUGGCUCGAGAGGUUUCGGGAUGCGAAUGCGGACGGCAGCGAGAGAGUGGUUGGGUCGGACGUUGCCGCUCGCUGCCGUUGUGCUGGUGUCGCCGGCGGCCGGCCUCACCCCAUUCGACCGUUGUUUUUGGUCGCGUGUUGAUUCCUUUCUUGCGGGAGAACGGGUUUCUUCCUUCCGUGCUUUGUGCUUGGGGCGAGAAAGCCGUACGCCCCGUGCUUGUAUGUAGAGCGGCACCUCGAUUUGUAAAUACGUAUGUAUGGGUGUCUUAAAAGCUCUACCAGCCAUUUUGCGGCAUGUGCAUCCAACUAGGUGGAUUGCCAGUCCACCGUGGGGGUUGCUCAAAUGUGUCUUUUUUUGUUUGUAUUUUUUUUGUUGGCCGUCUCGUGGUGUGGUGGGGGCCCGUAGCUGUGUUGACACAUGGGGCGUGCAAUCGGAAUCACGAAUGAACGGAUUUCUAGCUCUCGCCGCGUAGAGCAUCGUAGAGUUCCUCGCGUGGGACCGCUGUGUUAACGGUCUCUUCUGCAUAGAUAGGCGCGAUACGGUGAAGGAAGGAUACCCUGAAACUUGGGAGGCCCGACGUUGCUGCUUGUUAGGCUUUGGGCGCUUGUGCGUUGCCACGGGCCGGAGUAGAACGAGGUUAGAGAAAAACACAUUUGUGGCAGACAAUCCGCAGAAUGAAUGGACUCAUGUUUCCC